ACAUGCUAUAUAAUUACGCCAUUAUAUAAGCCGAAUACAACUCGGUGGUGGCCGCCUUUGGGUACAGUCACCGGAACCUUCUAGGAUGCACUUCCUAAAGGGGUUCGUUGACGGCAUUUUAGCUGAAGGCGCUGAUAGCGAUAAUGCCCCGGAAGGUACUUACGACUCCGUGGAAACACGUGACGGUAACACAUCGAUUCGUGACGACCCUCAUUCACGCGCACUUAAUGAUAUAUACCGCGAAACGCGCCGUGAGUGUGUAGCUUCCCUGGAGUUAAGAUAUGGCGAAGGAUGCGUGGAACAGCUGAACGCUGUGCUGAAGACAAACCACGAAACUGUGGAGCGUCUGGCACAGCAACUGGAUGAAACGUAUCAGUCGUUGACUGACUUUAACCGCGAGCUAGAACAACUAGCACAUCAGAAUCUAUCGUUACGUAAGAGUAAUGCAGCGCUUACGAACCAAGUUGAAUUGCUUACUUCGGAAAAUUCAAGCUUGCGGUCAGUUGUAACCAACGCCGAACUUGAGACUAAGUCUCAGGAAUCGCGCAUUGCUGCUUUAUGUGGUCUCCUGGAGGACAAUGCGGCUACUUUUAACGUGAUGAAGACUCGCUGUGCUGAGGUCUCCGAACGUGCCGCUGAAAUACGAAGCCUCAAGGACCAGCUUAAAAUCGCAAACGCACAGAUUGAGUUGAUUGCCGAAGAACGUAACUCUUUAAUAACUGGGAAUAUACCCAUUGAACAGCGCCUUAGAGAUGCUAUGUCCAGGCAGGACAGGGCAAUAGCCAUUGCCAGGAUGUUGGCCCGUGAAGUAGUCCACCUUAGGUCAGUAUCAGCUAACAAGGCCUCAAAGUCGCCACAUGAAAUAGAUUAUUGUGCUUACCUAGAUUUACAGAGACAAGUAGCCGAGCUUCAGGUGACAAUCGAACGACUAAGUGAUGAGAAUGCACAUUUGAAGGAAAUAAAUGGGAAAAUACAUAAUAUGUACGCUGACUUAAGCAAAUCCUCUAUGAGUUUGAAGGAGGAUUAUUUAAUGGAAGCUAUCCAAAGCAUGUCGCGUAUGCAUCAGAAGCAAUUGACGCCACUUCAAUUGAUUUUCGUGCAACCCACUCGUGUCCUCGACUUCGAGCUUGAUAUGGAAUUUAUACGUUCCUCGGCUAUAAAGUGCGGUUAUAACCCCAAUGUAACACAAGUUGCAGAACACGUUGAAACGGAGUCUGCAUAUGGGAAAGAACCUACUUCUCGGGAACAUGAUAUAAACCCCAAUACAGCUGUUAUAUCAGACAGUUCACUUACAGAACAAUGUAACAUGAACAAGACAUCAGGGCAACCAGUGAAGGAACCCAUAACUGCCCCCGAACGUCUCAACACAGCCAAGCAGGUAUGGGAUGAUGAUUUGGAUAUAUACGACGAGAUAUUAGCAAAUGAGCCGUGGCCGCCAUCGGCACGAGUGUCAGAACCCGCAAACGAACCGGAAGACAUCUUGUCAGUCACCACGGAACAAGUACAAACGAAAGUAACUGCACAGCGAUCGUUCGCUGCCGAUGUCAAGGUUGACCUGGAAAAAACCAAACAAGCAUGGAAUGAUGACCUUGAUGAACUGCUAAAUGAACAAUAAUGUCUUUAGCUAUAGAUAUUACACUGGUAUUCAAUCUGCAGUAAG